AUGCAAACACUUCGGCUCCGUGCCUUCGCGCUGGCGCUGAGCGUCCUGCCCUGGUUGACGUCCGCAGCGGUGCACUCAGGCUACAUCUACGACCGGCUGUGCAUCGACCGCGGGGUGGGCAUCGACGGUGUGGACGGGCGAAGGAAUCCGGGGAGCCAUAGUGUGCACUGCAACCUCGUGUCCAUCUGCCGGAACUCUGGCUAUGGCAUCCUUACAAAGCCCGGCGGCGCGGAUCUCUAUUCCUUCGAGGUGCUCUUCUCGGACCGAGGCAACGCGGACGUCAUCACGUGGCUGGGCACGCAGGAGUACUGGGGCAGGGAGGUCAGCGUGGAGGUCGACGGCAGCUACGACACCCAGGGGCGGCUGCACGUGAACACCAUCCGGCGCCUGAGUGAUACCUCCAACACCCUCUGGCAGGGCAGUGGUGCAGGAGGCGCCAUGACAGUUGCCUCCACGUCCCCCAGUACAACGACCCCGGACACGACCCCAAGCACAACUUCCUCUCAAACAGGCACGGCUUCCACCACUACCCCAGGGGCAACUUCCACCACUACCCCAGGGGCAACUUCCACCACUACCCCAAGAGCAACUUCCACCACUACCCCAGGAACAACUUCCACUACUACCCCAGGAACAACUUCCACCACUGCCCCAGGAACAACCUCCACCACUACCCCAGGAACAACCUCAACUUCAACUCCCGGCAUAAGUUCCUCGGCAGGUCCCGCGGCCGGUCCGCCAGCCGUGGACCCCACAGCGACUUCUUCUGCUGGCAGUCGUUCCUUCCUGUCGCUCGCGGCACUCUCCUUGGCGCUCGUCUUGGCAAAGCGCUGA